AUGUCAUUAAUCAUUAAUUCAUAUUUCUCAUCCAUUCAGCAACAUAAUGCAGUAGAAACACUUUUCCUACGUGAUCAGAAUGUUAUUGAAGAAGACGAGAAAAACAAGUUGAGCUACUCAAUGUCACAUUAUUCACAAGACAUUUCGGUCUGUAGACAAACUUACGUAUCACUUGAUGCAUACCAAAGAUGA